AGCGGGGCCUCCAACUUUCCCACAUCACAACCAACCCCUCUCAAAACAACAAAGUUUCUUUAUUUUGGUGCAAUCAACUUUAUAAAUUUCCAUAAAUUUCAUCAGAAAAGGCCAAAAUUCUAAAAGUCAUAGACAAACUUAAUUCAAAUGAGUGCUUGGGUUGACGAUCAAGUAGCCAUCAAUAUCAACGAAAUUGAUAGAAAAUUCGAAGAUAAUUUUGUUCCAAAAUCAGAAUUCCAAAAACUCGAUGACAGCGAAGAUUAUUUAAAGGUUUUAGAAAAUCGACUCAAAAAAAUUAAACAAAAUCCGUCAGUGCUGAAGCAAUUGAAGGAAAAACGGGAGGAACUAGUCGGCAACUUGUUAAAUUCAUCGACAAUAAGAAUCACAACUGAUAAGGACAUUGAACUUGACGAAUCAAUCGAAUCGAAUAAAAUUAUCAGUCAUUUAAUACCCGAGCAGCCACAGACAAUUGGAGAAAUUGCGCAUUUAAUUAAACACGAUCAAUUGGACUUACAGAAGCAGGAGAAGGAUCUGGAACCGGAAAAUCUGGACAAAAAUUAAGAAUUUUGCUGAAUUUUAAGGACAUAAAACCCAAGAUGAACAAGUCAAACUUCCACGAGUCAUUUCUAUUCCUUACCAAACUGGCGUACAAAAAUCGCAUAAUCAUUCCAACAUUCGUCUGCAUUGCAUUUUUGGUCUUUAACUUUCGAUGGGAAAUUGAGAUAAGCAUUCAGACGGAACGAAUUCAGCUACAAGCCAAUGCCAAUGCGGAUAAUGAUGAACAUUUGUCAGAUUCAGACGAUUCAGAUGAUGAGUAUGAGCCAGUGUCGACAGAUGAUGAUGAGAGUGUGGAUUAUACAAAUGGAUAGGAACUAGACUUAGAGAUGAUUUUGGUGUCGUCAGGUUUGUGAUCUCAUUUCGAUGAAAAGGAAUCAAAGAUUAUUUUUGUUUAAUAAAAAUUGGUGAAAAUUUUAAGAUUUUUUUGUCUUUUUUAUAUUGAUUG